CGCCUGUGAACAGGCCUCCUCUGCGCCGCCUUUGCGACACGAGACGCCGCCACGGGCUCCUACACGUCGGAGGCCGAGGAGACGCUGCGGACGGUGGCGCGGUACGUCCGCCUCUUCAACAUUCUCUUCUACGCCUCCGUCACCACGCAAUUCGCGCCGCUGCAGUCGCCGCAAGGCCUCGACGCGCUGAUCGACCUUGGCGCGCUGACGGCGGAUGAGAAGGACGGGCUGCUCGCUUCGGCGCAGAUGCACAACGCCGUCCUCGAGUGGCUCUCAAAUCUCUUCGACACGUCGGUCGGCGACGGUCGGCUGGGCGUUUCGGUCUCGCGGCUGCAGGGCACUUCGCCGAUCGCGCUGCAGAUGGCGCUGCAGAACAAGCUCGUCGAGCUGCGCUCCACGUACGCCUCGAUCCCGGACCAGCUCUCCGGGCGCAUGCCGCUCGCGUACGUGCAGCUGGUUCAGAUCCUGACCGACCUGCUCAUCUUCUGCACGCCCUUUGCGCUCGUCCACUCCGUCGGCGGCUUCGGUGCCGUGCUGGGCACGUCUGUCGUGACGCUCUUCCACUCCUCCAUUGUCUCGCUCGCCAAGCUCUUCCUCGACCCCUUCUCGAACGAGGCGCCGCUGCUGCGCGACGCGGGCAUCGUAGGCAUUAACGCGGCGACGCUGUUGCAGGAGACCAACGUCGGCUCCGAGCGGUGGCGAAGGGGCGGCGGCUGGAUGCCAGAGGCCACCCGGCCGGUGGGGCGGGCGCAGCAGCCAGACGAGCCAACCGCGUCGCCGCGGCACGAGGGGCAUGAGCGGCCCGCGUCGGGAGGGAACCCGCAGCCCGCGUCCGAGGCGCUGCAGGAGCUGCAGGGCGGGGUGGUCGCCACCGCCGCCGCGUCCGGUUUCGCGGCCGCGGCCGCUGGGGGCGGCGCCGGCGACGAGGUUGCGAUCGAUGGUGGCAUGGGAGAUAGUGGCGAUGAUGGGACUAGCUGACGCCGGCUGGGAGCCCGGGGCAAGGUACGUCUCUAAUUCCUCCAUACACACACAAGUUAGCUAGUUACGAAAGCGAAACACAGUCUGACCCCAACGACUGGGGACACAGGGGAGCGAAG